AAGAUCACUGUUCCAUGGGAUGUUUCCAUACUGUUAUUAUCUUUGAAAGACAGAAGCACUUACUGGGAAUGUGAAAGGCAGCGAGGUGGGAUUUAGGCAAUUGUUGGCAAGACCCAUUACAUCUUUCAUGUCGGGGGAUCUUGGAGCCCAGUUCUGUAACUCCCUGAGAGUUUAAACACAAGUAGAUAGAGUGCUAAAAAAUGCUUACCUUCAUUGGUUGGGACAUAAGUCAGAAAGAGUCAGAAAGUCAUGAUGCAGCUCGCCAAGAAUUUGGCUCAGCCAAGCAUUUGGAGUAUUGUGUGUAGUUCUGGUUGUCCAAUUACAGGAUGUGGAGGCUUUGGAUAGGGUGCAAAAAAAAGUUUACCAGACUGUUGCUUGGAUUAGGGGGUAUUAUCUAUAAGGAUAAAUUAGGCAAACAGAUUGUUUUCACUGGGACUUCAGAGGCUGUGGGAAAACCUGUUGGAAAUAUAUAAAAUCAAUGGUGUGGAUGAGAACAUACAGGGCAAGAUCAGCACAUUUGAUGAUGAUACAAAAGUUAUUGGUUUUACAAAUGGUGAAGAUGGUUGUGAACGAUUGCAGCAGGAUCUAGAUCGAUUGGCCAGGUGGGCGGAGGAAUGGUUGAUGGAAUUUAAUACAGAGAAGUGUGAGGUGUUGCAUUUUGGGACGUUGAACAAGGGCAGGACCUACAGUGAAUGGUUGCCCUCUGGGUAGUGUUGUAGAGCAGAGGGAUCUAGUAGUACAGGUGCAUGGUUCCAUGAAGGUUGAGUCGCAGGUAGAUAAGGUGGUCAAAAAGGCUUUUGGCACUUUGGCCUUCAUCAGUCAGAGUAUUGAGUAUAGAAGUUGGGAGGUCAUGUUGCACUUGUAUAAGACGUUGGUGAGACCGCAUUUAGAAUAAUGUGUUCAGUUCUGGUCACCGUGUUAUAGGAACGAUAUUGUCAAGCUUGAAAAGGUUCAGAGAAGAUUUACAAGGAUGUUGCCAGGACUAGAGGGUGUGAGCUACAGGGAGAGGUUGAGUAGGCUGGUCUCUAUUCCAUGGAGCGCAGGAGGGUGAGGGGAGAUCUUUAGAGGUAUACAAAAUCAUGAGAGGAAUAGAUCGGGUAGAUGUACAGAGUCCCUUGUCCAGUGUUGGGGAAUCGAGGCCCAUUGUUGGCUGGUGUGGGCGAGUUGGGCCGAAGGGCCUGUUUCCACACUGUAUCACUAUGACUAUGAGAGGGUGGAAAUGUCAAAGACAAAAGCUUUCCACUGUAUCACGGCACACAUGGCAACAAUAAAUCAAACUAAAACUAGUCUAGAGAGCAUAGCUUUCAGUUCAGAGAGGGAAAGUUUGAAGGAGAUGUGUGGGGCAAGUUUUUUUACAUCAAGAGCUGUGGGUGUCUGGAAUGUGCUGCUCGGGGUGGUGGUAAAGGCAGGUGCAAUAGCAGUGUUUUACAGGCUAUUGGAUAGGCACGUGGAUAUGCAGGGAAUAGAGGGAUUAUGGAUCACCUGCAGGUAGAUGAGAUUAGUUUAUCUUGAGAUUAGGUUCAGUACAGACAUUGCAGAUGAAACCUCUAUCCAGAUUAGUCAACUUUCCAACAGUCUUGGACUGUUUUAGUACUUGGCACAAGAACGUUUUGUGUAUACAGUUAUCUAAAAUAAGCCCUUAUCUUCUUACUUCCUUCUGACAGUGAAAUUAUCACCAAGAGCAAUGAAGGAUGUUCAAUUUCAACGAUGGUGGAUCACUACCCAGGUGCAAUUGGUGAAAGGUGGAUUCUUCGAUGGAAUCGUUUUGACAUACGAUGGAGUCAUUGAAGACGAAACAACCCAAAUUGGUAUCCAAUCAAUAUCAAAAAUACCCAUAUUGAUAUCCAAUAUUGCGGAGUCACUUCAAACAACCGUGCCUGGGUCCCAGGUCAUGUAUGUUGCACCAUGGUCACCAAAAUGCACCCGUAGCCAGUGCCAUGAUUAUGAAAAGAUUGCAAGCUACUGUAACACUCUAAUCGUAUUGGCCUUCAAUAUGCCGGCCCAGAAGUCAGGUAAUUGCAGAGCCAAGGCAGGUGCUCCCUAUCAUCAGACCAUAACAGGUAUCGAGGCUUAUAUCAAACUGGGCAUUGAUUCCAGAAAGAUUGUGAUGGGCGUUCCAUGGUUUGGUAUUGACUAUCCUUGUGAACGGUUUAUUGAGGCUGGUAACUGUGAACUGAGGGUUCCUAACGGAGGGGCUCGCUGUAGUAACCGAGAUGCAACGUACGUCCCGUACAACUUGAUCAUGCAGGCCUUACCUAAGUCAGCUAGUGGCAGGAUUUGGGACGAUGAUGUCAAAGCCCCAUACUACAUCUACAAGUCUGUAAAGACAUAUCACGAGGUCUGGUACGAUGAUCCUGAGAGUAUCUCAAUGAGAUCAACCUUCAUGAAGAGAUACAAACUUCGAGGCAUCAGCGUUUGGUACGGAAACUAUCUGAACUACACUUCUAAUGUACUAGCUGUCAUGCAAACCGAGGAGAUGUGGAAUGCUCUGUGCCCUCCUUGAGUGAAAUGCCAACGUCUUGCUUUCACCGAAUGCAAAGCUUUAGAUAUACCAUGUAGACUGAACUAACAAUUAUAGACAAUAAACAAUAGGUGCAGGAGUCGGCCAUUCGGCUCUUCGAACCAGCACCGCCAAUCAAUGUGAUCAUGGCUGAUCAUCCAUAAUCAGUACCCCGUUCCUGCCUUCUCCACAUAUCACCUGACUCCGCUAUCUUUAAGAGGCCUAUCUAGCUCUCUCUUGAAAGUUUCCAGAGAACCGGCCUCCACCGCCCACUGAGGCAGAGAAUUCCACAGACUCACAGGUCCCUGUGUUAAAAAGUGUUUCCCCAUCUCCAUUCUAAAUGGCUUGACCCUUAUUCUUAAACUGUGGCCCCUGGUUCUGGACUCUCCCAACAACGGGAAUAUGUUUCCUGCCUCUUAUAUGUUUCAAUAAGAUCCCCUCUCAUCCUAAAUUCCAGAGUGUACAAGCCCAGCUGCUCCAUUCUCUCAACAUGACAGUCCUGCCAUCCCAGGAAUUAACGUUGUGAACCCUCGCUGCACUCCCUCAAUAGCAAGAAUGUCCUUCCUCAAAUUUGGAGACCAAAAGUGCGCACAAAACUCCAGUUGCGGUCUCACUGGGACCCUGUACAACUGUAGACGGAGCUCUUUGCUCCUAUACUCAACUCCUCUUGUUAUGAAGGCCAACAUGCCAUUCGCUGGAGAGAUUAAUGUACACAUCCCGGCCCAUCACAGGUGCUGACCCUUUCAUUGAAGGGAUCCACACCACGCCUCAAAAAGGCAACCACUAUCAUCAAAGAUCCACACCAUCCUGGCCACGCUCUCAUCUUGCUGCUACCAUCAUGAUGUAGGUACAAGAGCCUGAUAACCAUGACCUCCAGAUUCAAGGCAGCUUCUUCCCAGCAACCAUCAGGCUCUUGUACACUGCACAACACUAACCUCAGCAACUGUGAUCUCCUGUAAACUGUGUCUGUGGUUGCACAAUGAACUAAUUUCUGCACUAUCAGUGCUGCAUGAGAUAAGUUAAAGAUACAAUGCACAGUGACCCUGUUAAAUUAAAAAUAAUGCUUUAAUAAAAGAGGUUUUAAAGGUCUUUUAUUGUCACGUGUACCAAUUAAGGUAGAUAGGAUGAAGGAACUGCAGAUGCUGGUUUACACCAAAGAUAAGACACACAAAUGCUGGAAUAACUCAGCGGGUCAGGAAGCAUCUCUGGAGAAAAAGAAUAGGUGAUGU